AUGGACCUGGUUUCAGGUCUUUCACUGGAAACCUGGGUGCUCCUGGCAAUCAGCGUGGUGUUUCUCUACCGAUUCGGGACCCGUAAACAUGGACUUUUUAAGAAACAGGGAAUUCCUGGGCCCAAACCUCUGCCUUUUUUAGGCACAGUGCUGAAUUACUACAAGGGUUUAUGGAAAUUUGACAUGGAGUGCUAUAAAAAGUAUGGAAAAAUAUGGGGGUUGUUUGACGGUCAAAUGCCUCUGUUUGCCAUCACGGAGCCAGAGAUGAUUAAAAAUGUACUAGUGAAGGAAUGCUUUUCUGUCUUCACAAACCGGCGGGACUUUGGCCCAGUGGGGAUGAUGGGCAAAGCUGUCUCAAUAUCUAAGGAUGAGGAAUGGCUCCUCAGUGUGUUAGGUGCUUACAGCAUGGAUGUGAUCACCAGCACAUCAUUUGGAGUGAGUGUUGAUUCCCUCAACAACCCAAAGGAUCCUUUUGUGGAGAAAGCCAAGAAGCUCUUAAGAUUUGACUUUUUUGAUCCAUUCUUCUUGUCAAUAGUACUAUUUCCAUUCCUCACACCAAUAUAUGAGAUGUUAAAUAUCUCCAUGUUCCCAAAGGAUUCAAUAGCAUUUUUUAAAAAAUUUGUGGACAGAAUGAAGGAAAACCGCCUGGAUACUAAGAAUAAGGUAAAAGGUGGUGAUUUCAUGAGAGGUUCACACUUUGAUAACAUGUUGGGCUGUGAACAUAAGGCCCUUUCCGAUGCAGAGAUCACAGCCCAGUCAGUUAUCUUUAUUUUUGCUGGGUAUGAAACCACCAGCAGCACACUUUCCUUUGCCCUGUAUUCCUUGGCCACUCACCCUGAUAUCCAGAAGAAACUACAGGAGGAGAUCGAUGAGGCUCUGCCCAAUAAGGCACCUCCCACCUAUGAUAUUGUGAUGGAGAUGGAAUACCUGGAUAUGGUGAUGAAUGAAACCCUGAGAUUAUAUCCCAUUGCUAAGUUCAGCAAGGAGAACAAGGGAGGCAUUGAUCCUUAUCUAUAUCUGCCCUUUGGAAAUGGACCCAGGAACUGCAUUGGCAUGAGGUUUGCUCUCAUGAAUAUGAAACUUGCUCUUACUAAAGUUCUGCAGAACUUCUCCUUUGAGCCUUGUAAGCAAACACAGAUACCUCUGAAAUUAAGCAGACAAGGACUUCUUCAGCCAGAAAAACCCAUUAUUCUAAAAGUUGUGCCACGGGAUGCAGUUAUAACUGGAGCAUGACUUUCCCUGAAGGAGUUCUGCAGAGUUCUUCAGAAAGACAGAGUCUAAGAACAUCAGACCCAUUAGUUUAAUCAUGAUUAAAAUUCAGAUGAAUAUACAUCCAUUGAGCUUUCUCAGUGUCUAUACAAGUUACCAUCUAAUAUAAAGGAGACGAGUAAGUGAGUGACAGCACAAGAAAUUCUCCUUCACUGGUUCUCAUGGGAUUAUCUCCAUCUCCAUCUCAUUGUCUCUGUUAAUUUCUUUUGAGAUCUUUUGAUAGUAACCAUGUGUUUGUAAUUCGAUCAAGAAUUUUUGAUGAAAAUGUGAACUAUUGUGAAAACAAUUCUAACUGUAAAAUUGGUAUCAGAUGUUUUAGUUGCAAUAUUUUACAAUAAUUGCUACACAGAAAACAUAAAUAAACACCUCUUUAAAAAUCCU